AUGGAUAUUGAUCAACUGAAUGAAGCGGAGCUAAUCGAGUAUGCCAUCCAAAUGAGCAUUCAGGAUGCCUGCAAGCAUCCACAACUGAGCACAGCACAGAGUGUAGAGACACGCAGUGAUGAAAAUCUUAAGAUUCUAGCUGCUAUUGAGCAAGGAGAUGUUUUUGCCCUGCAGAAACUGCACAAGCACAGCAGUGCCUUCGGAGAAAUGGACGGGAGGGGAUGGCUCCCUUUACACAGAGCUUCAGUCCAGCCUUUGGCCUCAGUUCUGGACACAGUUCUUCUGGCAUCCCAUCAGCUGACUUUGGAGGAGACGACUGGUGAAGGUGAAACGGCGCUGACAUUAGCUGCGAAGGCUGGCCUUGUGGAGAAUGUGAAGGUGCUGCUACAGCAUGGGGCCUCACCACAUAACACUAACAGCAAGAACGAGUCUCCACUUCUGUUCGCGGUGCGGAUUGGCUCAUAUGACAUGGUGCAUACGCUUAUCAUGGGCGGGGCUUUUGUAGAGCAGAUCUGUCUGAGAAAAUGGACAGCUACUCAUGAGGCUGCCAAGGUUGGCUGUGUUGACACUCUGAUGCUGUUACUAAGGCAUGGGGCCAAGGUGACGGGCCGAGAUGGACAUGGUGUUACCCCACUGGGAAUUGCUGCAGAAUAUGGCCAUCCAGAUGUUCUAGAUAUCCUCAUUCAGAAUGGUGGCGAUGUCUGUGCACAGGCUUCCAAUGGGGACACUGUGUUAUACGAUGCUGCAGGUUCGGGGAAUCUUGACUGCAUUGAUCUGCUCUUACGACAUGGUGCCAGUGCUAAUGUAGCAAGUCUGUGUUCUCAGCUCCCCAUCCACCGAGCAGCGUACGAGGGACAUUAUCUGGCACUGAGAACCUUCAUCCCCAUCACUACUAAGAGAGCUAUUCGUCUGUCUGGUCUGAGUCCAGUGCACUCAGCAGCAGAUGGUGGGCAUGCCAAUUGCCUGGAGCUACUCAUUGAAAACGGCUUUGACGUUAACCCCAUCUUGGCAGAUCACAUCUCUGAUAAAUAUGGUGACAUGAGAAGGAGUCCUCUCUUCUUCAGUGUCUCUAAUGGGGAUGUAAUGUGUAGCGAGAUGUUGUUGAAUGCAGGUGCGAGGACAAACCUGGACCCCCUGCCUUGCCUCCUGGUGGCGGUCAGAGCAGGCAGGUAUGAGCUGGUUCGGCAGCUCCUUGCCCAUGGGGCAGAUGUCAACUGCUUCUUCUCUGUCAUCACGGAGACAUCGUUUCCAACAGCACUGCAGUACUGCCUUGGUGAUGAAAUGAUGCUUCGCCUCCUCCUCAACAAUGGUUACUCUGCCAUUAGCUGCUUUAUGUGUGACCAUCGAAGAGAGCUUGGCGUCUGCUACUCUUGGGCUGAAGUCCACAAGCAGGGAUAUAACAUUUGCAGUCAUCCAGAAAGUAUUACUUUUUGUGAUUUUAUCAGUGUUACCUGGUUGGUCCAUUUAGCGGGAAGCGUGGUAAGGAUUCUCCUUGACUAUGUGAAUCAUGUACCCAUUUGCUCAAAGUUGCAGUGCAUUUUGGAGAAGCAGAAAGAAUGGCCCGAGAUUUGCAACAUCCUUAGUAACCCACGGUCACUCCAACACCAGUGUAGACUGUUCAUUCGAGAACGGAUGAAACUGAGGAGACUGAACAACCCAGAGUACAUGAGUACUGUUCCUUUCCCUCCUGCUCUGAAGAAUUACCUGCGGUACAAGGAGUACGAUUUGUAUGGCAGAAUGGAGGAAUGUCAGGGCUGA